GUGUUGUUUGGAAAAAGUGAUGACGUGGAAUAUUUUCGAUGAUGGGCGAGACUUCUUGAGCCAGUGAAGCACCAUACCUUGUGCUGUUGUUGUUGUUGCUGUCCACCCAUCCUAACGCUAUCUCGACGCAGCAUUGAGGCUGGUCAGAGGCAAUACGAGGUAGACAGGUUCCUCUAGGCUGGUAGUCUGUUCGGGGCUUACUUUGAAGCUUUCGCCUACACCUCCACCAUGUCGAAUUUCCUGCCCAUACCGUCGAAGCGAGCUACACCGUUAUCCAACUUAUCGAGCCAGCUUCUGAGCUAUAUCAGCAACCACUUCCGGGAUGCUCAUCCUGAUGCGUUCCGAAAGGAUGUAGAUACGCUGGUCGGAAUGAGGAGAGAACUCGUCGAGACGAAACCAGAAGCUCACCCGGAAAUAGUCAAGGGGCUCAUGAGAUAUCAUGCUCAGCUAGCCUUUCUCAUGACCAAGUUUCCGUCAGACAUCGGCGUCAACUUCGCCUUCCACCUUCCAUUCCCUCCGCUCUACUCUCUGACUCCCGACGCAUCAAUCUCGCUCCCAUCCCUGAGCUUUGAGCGAGCUAGCGUCCUGUUCAACAUCGCUGCCUUGUAUGCCUCGAUGGCAGCCUCUGAGAGGAGAGCCGAAGUGGACGGCAUAAAACGAGCGCUAGGAUAUCUUUCGUCUGCUGCUGGUGUGCUUGAUCACUUGAUCCAGACCAUCUUGCCGUUAUUACAGGUCGAUUUGGCGGCUCCCACAGCAGCUGGGUAUGACCUGACUCCGUCGUUCCUCGGCGCUUUGAAGGAAUUCUUGUUGGCUGAAGCGCAAGAAUGUUUCUGGCAACAGGCCGUGAUACAGGGAACAUAUAAGAACGCAGUCAUCGGAAAGCUGUCCAUGAAAGUGUCCGACUACUAUAAGGCCGCUUUAGCGUCAGCGAAUGACUCGAAUGGUCCAUCUAUUGGCUUUUUCCCGGCAAAUUGGGUCGCACACAUCACGAUCAAACAGAUGCAUUUCGAAGCGGCGGCUCAGUACAGACUGAGCCAAGAGGAUUUAGAGAAGAAUAGAUACGGAGAGGAGAUUGCUAGAUUACGUGUUGCUGAGGGAUUGACGAAGAAAGGCCUGGACAUGGGGAAAUCCGGCGUCGCGGAGGCAGUCGUCCAGGACAUGAGGUCCCUUCAGGGAGCUGUCAAGUCUGCUCUAGAGCGAGCCGUGCGGGACAAUGAUCUGGUCUAUGUCAAACCUGUCCCACCGGCAACUCAACUCACACCGAUACAAGGUGCGGGUAUGGUCAAACUGGCCGUUCCGGUCGAAAUCGGUGACCCAAUAGCUUGGUUGAUGGGAGGCAGUUCCGGGACCCACCCGCUCUUCACUGCUCUGGUACCUUACGGUGUCCAUCUCGCCCUCAGUAUAUAUGAUGACAGACGAGACACAUUGAUCCGAGAGCUCGAUGGAAAGCGAGAGGAGCUGGAUGGGCUUGCAGCAAGCACGUUGCAAUCUCUAAACCUGCCCGGUGCCAUCCAAGCUCUGGAGCGUCGAGUGGGCCUGCCGCCAUCUUUGUUGCGCAAAGCGGAGGAAGUGGAUUCCAGCGGAGGCGUUCAAAAGAUCACCAGUCUCCUUGCCGAGGUCCAGAGGCUGUCCACAGCCAACAGCAGAAUAUUCUCCGAGGCUAUGGACAUCCUCGAUCAGGAGGCUCACGAGACUGAGAACCUAAAGAACAGAGAACCCCAUCGGGCUGCAUCGAGAGUCCCAUCUCAUAUUGCGAACCAACAUCUCAUCGCCGUUGCGAACCAGUACGAGGGGACAAUGAAGCAAGCUGGCGCAAGUGAUAUCACGGUCAGAGAGAAGUGGGAGGAAUGGGAGCCACUGAUACGCAUCUUGGCUGGUGGUGAAGACGAUCUGAAUGACCAUAUUCCCUCCGUGUCUGGGACAACGACAGUACUGCCCACCUCUGUCCGGCCGCUCCGGGCCUCGCUUGAGGAUCUGGAUGAUCAAAUCGCCCAUCGUGCAACCCUUAUUGUUGAGGCCAAGCAAAUAGCUGCAAAUGAUGAUGUUCGCCCGGACGUUUUGAAAGAGGCCACCCGCUUGGCGCAUGGUGGAUCUGGGGAUGUAAAGACGGAAUGGUUCGAGAGCAUCUUUGAUAAGGGCUUGGGCAAGUACGAUGAGAUCAAGUCAGACAUGCGUGCGGCAGAAACCAAGCAAGAGGCUAUUCUGGCGACUAUAAGCGAACAAAACGCUGCAUUCUUACGCGAACGAAAAGAUGACCCCCGAGUCCGUGACCGCGAGCACAAGCUCCAGCAGAUGGAUACUGCUUAUUGGAAAUGGCGAGAGGUGGUAGACAAUGCAGAAGAGGGCAUCAAGUUUUACAAUCGGCUCUCAGACUUGCUGGUACAGUUCAAAGGGAAUUGUAUACAGUUCCUGAACUCGCGACGAGCGGACGUGGGACAGCUCACAUCCGCCCUGCAACACGCCUCCAUAUCUUCACCACCACCGCAAAGCUCAUCUGCCUCGUCCUACUCCUCCGAUCUCCAUUCCCUCUCCGCCUCCCCCCCGCCUCCCCAAUCACCACCCAAAUCCUUCAGCAUUGCUCAUCCUUCAUCCUCCGUCUGGACGUCCUCUGCCGACCUCUUGCCUCCUCCACCACCUCAGCCCAUCCUCCGGUCUGGCGGUGUCCCCGCUCCUCAACAGCCCAUCUCAGUUCGCAUGGAGGAUUCGCCACGGCGCGUGACGCGGAGUUCCACUCGGGGUCCCAUAGGGGAUGCUGAGAAGAAUCCAUAUAGCAGUAAAAGUGGUAGAAAGACUGGAGGAGGGGUCGUGUAAUGUGCUAUACAAUGAAGAGCCAUGUUGUACUGACCCUAUGUAUGCAUACGACACCUUGAAUCGGUACGCAUGAG